UGGGAUUUCUGCUGGGAAGCAUCACGAGAAGAGAGUGGUUGCAUGAAGAAUUAAAGAUGGCAAAAAGUGAUGAUUGCGUACACAUCUUGCAGGGUCUGUUAGUCUUUGGGAAUGUGGUAAUUGGGAUGUGUGGCAUUGCCCUGACAGCAGAGUGUAUCUACUUUGUGUCUAGCCCCCAUGGUCUCAACCCUCUGGUGAAAGCCACAGAAAGCAGUGACAUCUAUGCUGCUGCCUGGAUCGGCAUCUUUGUCGGCCUUGCACUCUUUGCCCUGUCUAUCCUUGGUAUCAUUGGAGUCAUUAAGGCCAGCAGGACCUUGCUGCUGGUGUACAUCAUUUUGAUGCUGAUCACUUUUGCAUUUGAAAUGGCUUCUUGCAUCACAGCAGCAACUCACCAAGACUCUCUCACUCCAGGGUUCUUCCUGAAACAAAUGUUGGAGAGAUAUCAGAAGUCAGAGCCAGCCAAUAACAGUGACAAUGAGGUCACAAAGACAUGGGAUGAAAUCAUGCUUCAGAACCAUUGCUGUGGGGUGCUGGGCCCCUCCGACUGGCAGGAGUACACGUCUGCCUUCCGCCUCACGCACAGCGACGCCGACUACCCCUGGCCACGGAAGUGCUGCGUCCUGGAUGCACAAGGGCUUCCCGUCAACCUCGAUGGCUGCAAACUUGGAGUGCCUGGCUACUAUAACAGCAAUGGCUGUUACGACGCUAUUUCUGGGCCAGUGAGCACACAUGCCUGGGGUGUUGCCUGGUUUGGCUUUGCCAUCCUCUGCUGGACUUUCUGCGUCCUCCUUGGCACCAUGUUCUACUGGAGUGGAAUUGAAUAUUGAAGGCCUCAGUGCUGUCCUGAAGAGCCAUGUGAAAGAAACUGCAUUUGUUUGUCUCCUUCUCCAUUCUCCUCAGGCUAUGGAGGAUUUGAAGUUUUCCCACUACCUCUCCCACAUAUACUUUUGCCCCUCCAAAAACUUGACGAAAAGAACUGAUGACUGCAGGAAAGAAUCUUCUUGUGCCUGCUUUGCCCCUUGUUCUACAGCUUUAAUGCCUCUUGGCUGAGGCACAAUCCUUCUUUCACUGUGGAAGAAAUCCUGGAACAUAAGAUGAGUAAAAAAGGGAUCUGAUUUGUUUUCUGACGACAUCAGAAAAGAAAAUGUCCAUAUACAUCCUCCAGAAAAAUAUCUUUCUAAAUUAGUUUGAAUUGCUCCAGCAAAGGCUAUGUGAGUAAAACUGUAACCUCCUGUGAACAAUAAGGACAGAUGCUGCAAGGGAGGAGACUGCAGACCUCUCUAUUAUAUUUUACUGUUCAACUUCUCUUGCUGGUCUCUGUCACCCUUGCCUUAGAAUAAGGCAGAUUCUCUGAGCAUUUAAGUGUGUCAGCAAUAAAAACAUGUCACAGAUAAAAAAAUCUGUUGCUAGUCAAGCCCAAUAAAAGGCUAGCUCACUCCUCAGCAAUAUGCUGCCUAUAUGCAAGCCUACCUCCUGUCACUGAUGAAACUACUGCAUGUGCUCCUACCUUCAUAAGUGUCAGUCCAGGAAAAGCUCCACUUGCUAACAAGCAACUCCUUCAAAAAAGCUGUUAUGUACUUCGCACAAGAUUUCAUACAUCUAUGGGCUAGAAUUCAUGCAGGAUACAAGGGGUUCUGUGUUGUAGUUGCCUUCACAAACGUGGCUGUCCCAUGCUCUUAGUUUAUUUUGCUUCUUGCUUCAGCUACCUGUAUGUAAAUGGUCACACCCUCUGUGUAAUUCCUCUUCCACAUCCCUGGACCAGGUAGGACAAAAGGCAAAUAACGACAGUGAGUAGCUCUUGUGAAAAAAAUGUGAGCAAGGAGCUAACUGAACCAAUCCCAGUCCUUGCAUCAGUGCUCACAGUUCUCACUCAGUUCAAUAAAGGCUGUUUACUUUGGCCCAGACUGAGCUGGUGUCUUUCCUAGUGAAUGCUUCAGCAGUUAAAUCUAUUGUGAGAAAUGUGCUCCUCUGUAGAGUGUUUUAAGGUGAAGCCUCUUCCAAAGAUGUACUGGUUCAGAUCCUGAUGCUUG